AUGUCGCCUCCUGAGCGGGCGGCGGCCUGGCAAGCGGCGAGGCGACAGGACAAGGCCGUCAGCCUCCUCGAGGAGAUGACCGACAGUCUCGCCCACCUCAACCUCGACGUCAAGCGCCUGUCGUGCGUGCACGUGGCGGGCACCAAGGGCAAGGGCUCCACGUGUGCCUUUGUGGAGAGCAUCCUCCGCCGCGGCUAUGGCCUCCGCACCGGCCUCUUCACCUCGCCCAACCUCGUGCACGUCCGAGAGCGUAUUCGUAUCGACGGGAAGGCGCUGGAGGAGGAGACGUUCGCUCGCUACUUCUGGGAGGUGUGGGAUUGCCUCAAGUCCACCCGAAGCGAGAAGCACCAGGACAUGCCGGCCUACUUUCGCUUCUUGACGGUCCUCGCGUUGAAGGUCUUCAUCGAGGAAAAGGUGGAUGUGGCGGUGAUCGAGGUCGGAGUGGGCGGAAGGACGGAUGCGACCAACGUCGUGCAUCCCGUGGUUUGCGGCAUCUCUUCGCUGGGCUACGAUCAUCAGGACGUGCUGGGCGACACUCUCACGCAAAUCGCCUUCGAAAAGGGCGGCAUCUUCAAGGAGGGAGUGCCUGCUUACACAGCCCCGCAAGGCGACGAAGCCAUGGAGAGCCUGCUCGAACGCGCCAAAGCCAAACACACUACUCUGGUCGUGGCGCCUCUGUUCGAGAUGUGGCAUAGAGAUCAGCCUGCGGUCAAGCUAGGCCUUGCCGGCGAGUUCCAGAAGGGCAACGCCUCGCUGGCCGUCGCUCUGUGCCGAGAGUGGCUCCAGCGUAACGUGGAUAAGAUCCAACAGGAGGUCUGUGCCGACGACCGCCUCUUUCUGUCCUCUACGCCUGCCUCCUGCGCCACCAGCCGACUGCCGCAAGGGUUCGUCACGGGACUGGAGCAGUGCCGCUGGCCAGGCAGAGCGCAGGUCAUCCGGUACCAGCCCUCCACUGGCGGCGAGACCGGAUCGACGGGCGACGGCGACGAGCUGUGGCUGUACCUCGACGGCGCACACACCGAGGAGAGCGUUGAAGCCUGCGCGCACUGGUUCGCCGGCGUGUGCUCCACGGCAGGAGACGCGCACGAGCAUGUGGAAGAACGACGGGUUCUGGUGUUCAACUGCAACCAGAAUCGCUCGGCGGCCAAGCUGCUCGCCAAGCUCACGACCAUUACGGCGGCAAACCGGUCGGGUGGGCAGCUGCCGGCGCAAGGAGCGCCGUUCGAUGCGGCGGUCUUCAGCACGUUCGUUACCCGGCCAGGCGGGCCUGACGGCCGCUCGAGCUCGGCUGGGCCAGUGGAGGAGAGGACCAAGUGGCAGCGCGCCAACGCCCAGGUCUACCGCUCCCUCGCCAAGCAGCACUCCUCUCUUGAUGGCGACUGUGGCUCGGACCUGCUGACUGCAGUGGUGGUGGACUCCAUUCCGGCGGCUCUCGACGCCGUCACGCACCAGCACGACCAGUGGCGCCAUCAGGCCGCCCCUUGUGAAACGCGUGUACGGACGCGGGUGUUGGUGACCGGCUCGCUGUAUCUGGUGGGCGGUGUGCUGGAGGUUCUCCUCAGCCGCAACGCCCUUCCUGCCUCCGCCCUCCAUCUCUAA